AUGGCCUCUAUUCGCGUUCUUUCCUUCGAUGCUGAGGGCCGUCCCGUGCAGUUCACUUCCUGGCUCGACGACCUGCAGUUGUAUCUUAUGAGCAAUAGCACGGACCACAUCUCCCUCUAUGACUACGCGUCUGGUGCUGCCGCUGCUCCUGCUGCCACAGCCGAGCUUAGUGUUCCUUCACAGUGGCAGACUCGUGACGCUGCAGCUCGCCUGGCUAUUCGCAGUCACCUGCCGUUAGCUGAGCUAGAGCACUUUGGCGACUGCAAAACCGCUAAAGCCCUAUACGACGCUGUCGUUGCUCGCUACUCCUCACCUGCCACAGCCGAGCUUAGCCGUCUCAUGCUGCCUUACCUGUUCCCUGACCUGUCCACCUUUGCUACAGUCGCCGAUCUUAUCACCCACCUUCGCACUAGUGAUGCUCGCCUGCGUGCCGCCCUUCCCACCGAGUUCUGCGCUAAGAACCCCCCUCCCCUGUACUGGGCACUCCACUUCAUAGUCACCCGUCUCCCUGACACCCUCAGCUCAGUGCGCGACUAUUUCCUUGCUCGCUGUCCCACUGAGCUCACUGUCGCCCUCCUAGAGGAGAAGCUGCUAGCAGCCGAGAAGAGCAUUGUAGCUGUAGGUGCUGCUCGCGGCGCUCCUCGCACCCCCAUCUUUGAGGGGUGCUCUCCCUCUCCCCUCGCUCCCUCCUAUGCUACUGCUGCUGCUGUUGACUUCCUUGGUGCUGAGUCUGCUGGCGCUGCUUCUGCUCCUGGUGGGAGGCGCCGCACCGGCAAGGGCAAGGGGGGCAAGGGUGGCGGGGGUGGCGCUGGGGGGGGAGGGGGUGGGGGAGGUGGGGGGGGAGGCGGUGCUGGAGGGAGCGGUGGCGGGAGUGCCGGUGGGAGUGGGGCCGGCGGCGGAGGCGGGGGCGGCGGCGGGAGCAGUGGCGGUGGUGGCAGCGGCGGCAGUGGCGGCGGUGGCGGUAGUGGCGGUGGCGGUGGCGGUGGUGGCGGUCGGAGCGGAGGUAGUGGCGGCGGUGGAGGUCGGAGUGGAGGCACCGGCUCGGGCCAGAGCUCCCAGCAGCAGCAGCGUCCCCAGUCGACCCAGCAGCUUCGUGAGUGGCUUGCUCAGCGUGGGACGUCGGGGGGCAGUGGCCGCUGUUCCUAUGUCAUUCGCACAGGUGAUCGCAAGGGGCAGACGUGUGGAAAGUUCCACACUCAGUACCGCUGCUUCUUCCGCCUUGACGACGCUUGGCGUGAGGAGAUGGGCGAGGAUGUUGAGCGCCCUCGCUGGGCUGAGCUGAUGAGGGCUGGUGUUGAUAUCUUUGCUCUUGACUAUGAUGCUAUUAUUGCUGCCAUGUAUGCAUUGACUGUUAGUGCCGAGGGAGACUGUUACUUGUGUGUGCCGCCUGACCCAGGUAUAGGGCCCGCUGCCCUAGGUACUAGUGAGUCUGCUCUCUCUGGUAUGGUGCCCCCUGUACCUGCUCCCUCCAGCACUGUCCCUGCUGCUUGCGAGUCUACUCUCUCAGGUACAGCAUCCACAGAGACUGCUCUCUCAGGUACUGCACCGGCUGAGACCUGUCACACCUUCACCCUUGACUCAGGUGCUUCCCGCUGCUUCUUUCGAGACAGUACUGAGCUCACACCGCUUCCUGCACCGGUCCCAGUCUCCUUGGCUGACCCCUCUGGGGGCCCAGUCCUUGCCCAGUCCACCAUUGUGCUCCCUUGUCCGGCGGUUCCGUCUGGCUCGUUGACGGGUUUCCACCUCCCCUCGUUCUCGACGAACCUGGUGAGCAACGCUGUCAUCCAGGAUCAGUGGGUUGACACCUUUACCCCUGGAGGACAGCGUGUGGCGAUCUGCACGUGCUCCAGGACCGGCCGUCACCUGGCUACGUUUACUCGUCGGCCGGGGUCGAGUCUCUACACACUGACCACUGCGUCUCCUCAGGUCGCUGCUGUCGGUCAGGUGUCCGCGUCAGGUCUGGUGGCCCACGCCUGUGAGUGUCGUUCCCUGUCGCACCAGACUCUUCUCUGGCACCACCGCCUGGGUCACCCCUCCUUGCCACGCCUCCGUGGCAUGCACCGUCGCCGCCUUGUGUCUGGUCUUCCCAGGUCCCUCCCUCCUCUCCCUUCCUCGCCUGCGCCGCCUUGCCUUCCUUGCGUCGAGGGGCGGCAGCGCGCCGCUCCUCACUCCUCCUCGUUCCCCCCGAUAGGGGCUCCUCUGCAGACCCUCCACCUGGACGUGUGGGGCCCAGCCCGCGUUCGUGGCCAGGGCGGUGAGCGGUACUUUUUGCUGGUUGUCGACGACUACUCGCGUUACACCACGGUCUUCCCCUUGCGCACCAAGGGUGAGGUCCCUGCUGUUCUGAUCCCUUGGAUCCGCACAGUUCGUCUCCAGCUCCGCCGCCGUUUCCGGACGGAUCUUCCUGUCCUGCGUCUGCACUCUGACAGAGGUGGUGAGUUUUCCUCUGACCUCUUGAGGACCUUCUGUCAGGCGGAGGGCAUCGAGCAGACCUUCACGCUUCCGGACUCCCCACAGCAGAAUGGGGUUGCUGAGCGCCGCAUUGGCCUGGUCAUGGAGGUCGCUCGUACCUCCUUGGUCCACGCGGCGGCUCCCCAUUUUCUGUGGCCGUUUGCUGUCCGGUACGCCGCGCAUCAGCUCAACCUCUGGCCCCGUGUCUCCUUGCCGGAGACCUCGCCCACACUGCGUUGGACGGGGGAGGUUGGCGAUGCGUCGCGCUUCCGGGUGUGGGGUGCUCGUGCCCUUGUCCGCGAUACGUCCGCGGACAAGCUCUCCUCCCGCACGCUUCCCUGUGUCUUCCUUGGCUUUGUCCCUGACGCGCCGGGCUGGCAGUUUUACCACCCCACCUCGCGCCGGGUCUUCGCCUCUCAGGACGUCACCUUUGACGAGUCGGUCCCUUUUUACCGUCUCUUCCCCUACCGUACUGCCCCCCUCCCUCCCCCGCCGCUUUUCCUUGCUCCUGGUCCCCCUCCGGUAGACCCCCUUCCCCCUCAGGGUCCUGCUCCUUCAGGUGUCUCUCAGGUAGACCCUCCUCCCGUCGCUGAGCCUGUCGAGUUCACUUCCUGGCUCGACGACCUGCAGUUGUAUCUUAUGAGCAAUAGCACGGACCACAUCUCCCUCUAUGACUACGCGUCUGGUGCUGCCGCUGCUCCUGCUGCCACAGCCGAGCUUAGUGUACGUUCACAGUGGCAGACUCGUGACGCUGCAGCUCGCCUGGCUAUUCGCAGUCACCUGCCGUUAGCUGAGCUAGAGCACUUUGGCGACUGCAAAACCGCUAAGGCCCUAUAUGACGCUGUCGUUGCUCGCUACUCCUCACCUGCCACAGCCGAGCUUAGCCGUCUCAUGCUGCCUUACCUGUUCCCUGACCUGUCCACCUUUGCUACAGUCGCCGAUCUUAUCACCCACCUUCGCACUAGUGAUGCUCGCCUGCGUGCCGCCCUUCCCACCGAGUUCUGCGCUAAGAACCCCCCUCCCCUGUACUGGACACUCCACUUCAUAGUCACCCGUCUCCCUGACACCCUCAGCUCAGUGCGCGACUAUUUCCUUGCUCGCUGUCCCACUGAGCUCACUGUCGCCCUCCUAGAGGAGAAGCUGCUAGCAGCCGAGAAGAGCAUUGUGGCUAGCUCCCAGCAGCAGCAGCGUCCCCAGUCGACCCAGCAGCUUCGUGAGUGGCUUGCUCAGCGUGGGACGUCGGGGGGCAGUGGCCGCUGUUCCUAUGUCAUUCGCACAGGUGAUCGCAAGGGGCAGACGUGUGGAAAGUUCCACACUCAGUACCGCUGCUUCUUCCGCCUUGACGACGCUUGGCGUGAGGAGAUGGGCGAGGAUGUUGAGCGCCCUCGCUGGGCUGAGCUGAUGAGGGCUGGUGUUGAUAUCUUUGCUCUUGACUAUGAUGCUAUUAUUGCUGCCAUGUAUGCAUUGACUGUUAGUGCCGAGGGAGACUGUUACUUGUGUGUGCCGCCUGACCCAGGUAUAGAGCCUGCUGCCCUGGGUACUAGUGAGUCUGCUCUCUCUGGUAUGGUGCCCCCUGUACCUGCUCCCUCCAGUGCUGUCCCGGCUGUUUGCGAGUCUGCUCUCUCAGGUACAGCACCCACAGAGACUGCUCUCUCAGGUACCGCACCGGCUGAGGCCUGUCACACCUUCACCCUUGACUCAGUCCACCACUGUGCUCCCUUGUCCGGCGGUUCCGUCUGGCUCGUUGACGGGUUUCCACCUCCCCUCGUUCUCGACGAACCUGGUGAGCAACGCUGUCAUCCAGGAUCAGUGGGUUGA